AAUCCUAGGACGGCAGUGUGUGGCUGAGCAAAACAACAGUGCAGUCCGUCGCUGUGCGUUUAGUCGUUAUCCGGGACCGAACCGACGCGAUGGAGCACUGUCGGAGACAAGUUAAAGAAGACUGCGAAGAGCUGCUCGGCCGCUUCCAGAGGAGCCAGUCGGUUCGGUUCGAGGCGUUCAGUCAGAUCUGGCGGGACAUGAAGUUCGAGCAGAUCUUCUAUGGUGUUGAGUUCCACGAGCGGCGUCCAUUCUGUCGCUUGGUUUUGGACGUGGCGUCCCAGUUCUUCUUGCCGCCCUUCACUUACCACAUCCGGGUCGGAGGACUGUUCCUGCUGUACGCCUUGGCCCACAAGCAGCUGGCCGAACCGCCCGAGCAGGUCCGCUUGGCCCUAAAGGACUGGAAGGAGGUUCAGCAGUUCGAAGAGGACUCACUGAAUGCCCGACACUACGAUGUGGUUUUGAUCCUGCGCAGGCUUUUAGCUGAGAAGCUGGUCCAGUUCACGGCUACACCAACGCUGCUCUGCUACAGGAAGAAGAGGGAGGUCAGAACGCAGGCGGACAUCUCAAAGGAGUUCCUGGAGAGGACUUCCCGUCCUCUGAACCUCAUCAGCACUGAGCUGCUUGAGGAGCUGGCGAACAUCCAUCACGUGUACAAGAAGCUCAAGACCUCGGUUCCAGACGUGUCGCAGAAUUCUGAGUCCAACAGGACACGCCAAGACUUGGUGUCCCGACUGGAGGGCGCAGUGCUGGAGUUCUCCCAGUGGCAAAACAGAGACACAGAGGUGGGACAGAGAGAGGUCACCUCAGAAGAAGAGUCUUUGCCGGUUGAUCCGGAGAGCUCCAGGCGGGCUCAGCUUCUCUCUCGCAUCAAAACAAAAGCGUUCCAGACAGCCGCCCAGACGCCCAAGUCCCGCCGCCAUCGACAGGUCCAGGUGGACUCCCAGCCCAGUCGCUCCUCGCAGAGGUGCAGCAGACCGUCGCUCAAGGCCAGAACCAUCAUGCAUGUGCAGCUCACAGGUGACCUUGAAAAAGAAGCGUCAACAACCACUAGUGUCAGUCGUCUGUCAACACUGGACUCGGCACCUAAAGAGACGCAGAAGACGCCUUCCAGAUUUAGCUGGUGACACUUUGAAGGAAACGGCACCGGUGCUGCGCAUUAAAGCGAAUUCCUCAGCCAGAGUGUUGUGUGUUGAUCAAGUGCCAUCGGAACCAUAAGAAAUCCUGUGAAGAGCCUCGCAGUCGUGAGACGUUGGUGCUGUUUAGAAACAACAUCGAUGUAAAUGGAUCAAAGCCCGAGCCCUCUGUUCUCUCAGGCCCUUGUUCCACAGGUUUUCUCCCACUGUGCAAGCACAGUUUAAGAUAACCAGCUCAGAUAAAAUUAUUUGUUGACAUUUACCUAAGUCAAUAGAGGGAUGCUGCAAGGUUAUUUCAUGAGAAUCUCAUGCUUUUUAAAGAGGAAA